AUGAGUGAGUUGCAUGAGUUAUUAACUUUACCCAAAUUACCAAUUACAAAAGAUUAUUAUAUAAAAACUUUACAAUAUUAUUUAAGUAAUGGUAUUCCAGCAACAUAUACUUUAGAAAAUGUUAUAGAAUAUAAUAAUACUGAUACUGGAAGAACAUUGAAUCUUACUACUAAUACAACGCCAUUGCAUACUUUAAGUAGAUCAAUCAGUUUGUUAUCCAAUGGAUACAAUACAGAUUACUUGAAGGAUGGUAUGUUAAACAUUGAUACAGUCGAUGAUCAACAGGCUACUAAGCUUAAGAUGUACCCAGUAACAAAGAGGUUAUCAUCCGGAUAUGAAUUCAACGAAGAAGAAUGCCAAACUAUUUUAGAUAUUAUUAAUUUAUUGUUUGAAUAUGGUGCUGGUUGGAAUUUUUUAGAUUUUGAAAAUAAAACUAUUGGUAAUUUGAUAUACAAUGAAGGAAUUGGCAGUGUUACUGCCGUUGCUGCUUCUGCCAAUAAUACAAUAUUGCUGAAUAAUAUAUAUCUAAGAUUUGUUGAAGCUGGUAUUGCUACUGAACUUUUAUUUAGAAAAGUUGAAGAAGUUGAAUGGAUCGAAGAAAAAGAGGAGAAAGAGAUAGAAAGAGAAGAAGAAGAAGAAGAAGAAGAAAAAACAGCAGCAGCAACAGAAGAGCAAAUGAAUAAAAAUACAAACAAUUUAGAUAUUCAGGAACAAAAUCCAGCUGAUAAUCAAUCAGUCUUUUUAGAGACUCCAUUAGAAUACACAGACUCUUCGUUAAUUACCAAAAACAAUAAAGACGGUGUGAUGAUGGAUUGGGAAUCUGAUAUAAUGCAUAUCGCUGCAGAAACAGUAUUAUCCAGCGCCUACCAAGAAGAUAAUGAUAAAGAGUGUAUAAAUGUCUUGAAUAUAGGGUUUGGCAUGGGUAUUAUCGACGCCUUUAUUGAAAAUAUUUGUGCAUCUAAUAACGAUAAAAAAAAAUACAGACAUUACAUUUGUGAAGCCCAUCCUGAUGUGAUUGCUCGUUUUGAAAAUGAUCCAAUUUGGAGUAAAAAUCCAAACAUUAUACUAUUAAAGGGCAGAUGGCAAGAUACAUUAAAUACCAUAUUAGACCAAGGCGACAUCUUUUUUGAUGGGAUUUAUUACGACACUUUUAGCGAACAUUAUAAUCAAGAUAUGUUAAACGAUUUAUAUGAUGUUGUUGUCGGAUUAUUAAAACCCAAGGGGGUCUUUUCCUUUUUUAACGGUUUGGGUGCAGAUAACCCAUUUUUUUAUGAUGUUUAUAAAGAAAUUGUGGUUUUAGACUUACAAAAUUAUGGCUUAACAUGUGAAUAUAAGCUGAUAAAAUUAGAUAGCAGUGCCGAAAACUGUAAGAAAAAUAACGGUGAUAUCGUUUGGGAUGGAGUUAAACAGUCUUAUUUCAAUUGCAAAUAUUAUUAUCAUCCCAAAAUAUCGUUUAUGUGA